GUGGGCGUGGUCAGUCCAGGACUCCUCCCAUAGCAACCGCGCGAGCAUGCUUGCAGUCCCUCGAGUGGAGACGCCAGGAGCGCACGUGAAAUCUCGCCAACACAACACACGCCAAAUGAGCGUCCGUGAGCCGGGAUAGAGGGGUCAGUCGCGGCCGCCAUGAACGACAAAUACCACCGGGCGGCUCGAGACGGUCACCUGCACCUGCUGAAAGACGCGACGCGCAAAGAUCUGAACGCGCCGGAUGAGGAUGGGAUGACGCCGACGCUCUGGGCCACGCACCACGGCAACCUGGAUGCGCUCAGACUGCUGGUGGCACGAGGAGGAGAUCCAGAUAAAUGUGAUAUUUGGGGAAACACUCCUCUUCACCUGGCAGCAGCUAAUGGCCAUCUCAACUGUCUGUCCUUUCUGGUGUCAUUUGGCACCAAUGUGUGGUGCUUGGACAAUGACUACCACACGCCACUGGACAUGGCGGCCUCUAGGAGCCACAUGGACUGUGUGCGAUAUCUGGACACUAUCGCCGCCAAGCAGAUCACCAUCAACCCCAAACUGGUGAGCAAAUUGAAGGACCGUGCCUUCCGCAAUGCAGAGAAACGCAUUAAGAACUGUGAAAAGCUUCAGCGCAGGCAUCACGAACACAUGGAGAAGCGUUUCUUGAGAGAGAGUGCUGCAAUGGACACGUCGGAUACGAUGAGUUACAGCAGUUUCAGCAGCACCCUGAGUCGAAGGAUCCCUCAGUUCAACACCCUCGACUCCAACAUGACAUACUCACAGGCAACGCUUCAGUCCACAACAAGAGGCCGGACCAAGAUUCAGCGGCGUCUUGAGAAGAAAAAGCAAGGCGACGGAACAUUCAAGAUUUCCGAAGACGGGCGACGGAGCGUUCGCUCGCUCUCUGGUCUUCAGCUGGGCAAUGACGUCAUGUUCUUGAAGCAGGGAACGUACGUCGACCGACGGCAGCAGUCCAGCCCUCGGCUCAACAUCCGCAACAUGUUUUCUGGUAAACAGGACAUCAGGCCAGACAAUGAUGAUGAUGAGGUAGACACUGUUUCAAGGGCACUAAGUGAUCCAGGUUUGUAUGACGCUGCAUACUCGGAAAUAAGUACAGACUCGGGUAGGGACUCCUUGUUCAACCGCCCAGGACUUGGUACUAUGGUAUUCCGUCGGAAUUUUGUGACUGAUGGGCUGUUCCGAAUGGGACAGAAUGAGGGCAGUGUGGCGGGGAGUGAACCAGUGGGACGGGUCCCGAAUGUCCGCUUACGGGGGAGACUGCCACUACGAUCACCCAGUCUUGAUGAAGUCAGCAUUGGCAGCUCAUUGAGUCUCCAAGAGAAGAACUUACAGGAUUUGCCAUGGGAGGAAGGAGACCUGGGCUUGGAGGAGGAGGAUGACGAGCUUCAGCCAUCUUCGGCUCCUUUAGAAGUGUUCCUGGCAUCUCAGGGACUGAGUGACUUCCUCUCCAUCUUCCAUCGAGAGCAGAUGGACCUGGAUGCAUUGCUGUUGUGCUCUGAGCAGGACCUCAUUAGCAUCCACAUUCCACUCGGACCUCGUAAAAAACUACUUGAUGCAUGCAGCAGACGCAACAAUGUUCUGGACGAAGCUGAUGGCAUGCAGGACACUGUGCUGUAGAGUGUGUAUGUCUGUUAUUGACUCUGUUCCAAAAUCUAGUGUACUUUCUUGUUGCCUGCAUAAGCAGUUGUUUUUAAAGUAGCAUCCUAGUUGCACUGUAUCCUCGUAAGUGUCUACAUAGGCAGCAACUCAACACACCACAAAAAUAGCGCUUCUCAUGCAAAGUGCAUGGGAGAUUUGACAUGAACAAGUCUCCCAUGCAUUUCUCCCAUGUAUUAGACAAGACUUCCAGAAUUUCUCUCAUCUUGACUACCAUCUUGGAUGUAUUUGUUUACUUUGACCUUGUUGCAUUCUAAGAUUGCUUUCUCUGUGAAGAUUUUGCCAAAACAAUGUAUUUGCUACAAGAUAAUUAUGCCGCCUACUGUUUAAAGCCACUUAGCCACGUCUACAAAGCCUCAGUUGACCUGGUUUACUAAAUGUUCAUCCCCAGUCUUAAGGUACAUUCACAUUACCAAAAUUUCAGCUACAUUUUAUAGGAAAGUUUUGUUUUU